CUGUAGUGCGCAUACAGCUAGCUAUUCUACUCUAAACCCCGCAGUAACAGUAUGGAUCUGUACCGAGCCUCCAGAACCGGCCCGAUGGAUUUUAACACCGAGAAUCGCGGCCCAAAGGCCGGGAAAACCGCGUCCAGCAACGACGACCGCCUGGACAGUGGAUUAGACUCGCUUAAGGAGGAGGAAUACAUCGAGGUCGCGGCGGAUCUCGGGCGGCUGCGCGUUCAGUGCGCCCCUCAGAGCUCCGCGGAGCCGCAGCAGGACGGCGCGGAGUGGAAGAGAGAGGUGACCGAGGAUGGCGACACGUAUUUACACCUUGCCGUCAUCCACGAAGCCCCAGAUAUGGCCAUAAAGAUGAUCGACAUGUCAAUCAACGACCCGUUCCUCAACCAGCAGAACUACCAGAGACAGACGGCGCUGCACCUGGCCGUGGUCACAGUGCAGCCUCAGGUGGUGGAUCGUUUGCUGAGGGCCGGCUCUGACCCGACGCUGGUGGAUAACAGUGGGAACACGCCGCUCCACAUCGCCUGCCGCAUCGGUUCCCUCGCCUGCUUCAGCCUCCUGACCCAGAACUGCCCCGACCAGCUCCAGACCAUCCUCCAGAUGCCCAACUACAACGGUCAGAAAUGUCUGCACCUGGUCGCCAUGCAUGGUUAUCUCUCACUGUUGGAGAACCUCAUCUCUCUUGGAGCAGAUAUUAACGCACAGGAGCAGUGUAACGGCCGGACGGCGCUCCACCUCGCUGUGGAUCUCCAGAACCGUGACCUGGUGAAGCUCCUGAUCAGUAAAGGCGCCGACGUGAACAGCCAGACGUACGGAGGUCACACGGCGUAUCACCUGACCUACGGCCGAGACGACGAGGAGAUUAAGAAGAUGCUUUUCGACCUGACGGCGGGAGACCUGCGGGAUCUCUCCGACACCGAGUCCGAGGACAGUGAAGACGACUAUGGUGAUGAUGAAGAGCUGGAGUCGGAAGAUGAUGAUGAUGAUGAUGAGCCGUAUGAUGAUAUUCGAGUGAUGGGACAGAAGUAGGGAUGAGUUUGGUGCAGUUUUUCGGAGUGAUCCGGAGUAAAGAAGAAGAACAAGAAGAAGAAGGAAAAAAAAAAGAAGACGAGCAGAAGAAUGAAACGGCCGAAGCGGCGUCCAGAUCUGACCGGCAGCACCGCGGGUGCAGGAGGUCAGGGGACGGCUACACGAGCCACGAGAAACUGACGAAGAAGAAGAAGAGCAGGAUGAGAUCGUGAAUUCUGUGAGAAUGACUGAGGAGGAACGCUGUCCGGAAAGACGCCGACAGACAGAUGAACAGAGAGACGGAUAGGUAGAUAGAUAGGUAGAUGGAUAGAGGGACUGUCGGCUCUUUAUGAUGGACUGUUGUAUAAUAAAAAUGUUCCAGUGGAAGAUCCUGCAGUACUGAUACUAAAGAGUACGGUGUAUAAUAAUGUAAAAUAAACACAGAUCUAUUUUUAUAAAGACAAAUGUACGUGUUUGUAUUUAUAUAUAAAUAAGUAUAUAUAUAUAUAAAGUGUAUAUAAAUAGAUGUUUGUGUGUGUGUGUGUGUGUGUGAUGUACAGACGAAUGUCGAAAUUGUACAAUUGUAAAUUUUUCCUUUUUUUUCUUGUGGAAAAUCCCAGAAUGCUCUGGUAAAUUAAAGCCCUGAAACUGCAAAGUA